CCAUGGCUAACAAGGUGAAUCAUAAUGACACAGUAGUGAAAAUCAUAGAGCAAUGUCAAGUUGGUCCUCCACCAGGUUCUGUUCCUUCAACCUCUCUUCCCCUUACUUUCUUUGAUCUUCCAUUUUUAUGCUGUCCUGUUACAUGUACACGCAUCUUCUUCUAUGAAUUCCCUCACACCACAACACACUUCAUGCAAACACUGCUUCCAAAUCUCAAACACUCACUUUCACUCACUCUUCAACACUUCUUCCCUUUCUCUUCACACAUAAUAUUCCCUCCAAAGCCACAAGCCCCUCACAUUCUCUAUUCCCAAGGUGACACUACUCUUCAUUUCAUAGUUGCUGAGUCCACAACAAAUUUCAACAACCUCGUAUGUAACACCCCAAGAGAUGUUACAAGCAUGUACCCUUUUGUUCCUGAGUUACCUCAAACAAUUGCCUUACAAGAUGGCACCUUGUUGAUCCCUCCAAUGGCAAUUCAAGUCACUGUUUUUCCCAAUUCUGGCUUCACCAUAUGCAUCAACUUCAGCCAUGUGGUCACCGAUGGAAAAACCUUCCACAGUUUCAUCAAGUUCUGGAGCUCACUUUGUAGGUCUAAAGAGAAUAAUCUUGUUGCUCUGCCAUUGCAUGAUAGAGACAUCAUUCAAGACCCAAAUGGGCUUAACCCCAUCUUCUUAGAAUCAGUGUGGAAUUCUCCAAGAGAAUUCAUCAUGAACCCUAUCUAUAAUGUCCCUAAUGACAGGGUUCGCCACAGGUUUGUGUUGAAGCGUGAACAAGUGGAGAUUUUGAAGAGAUUGGUUUCUACUAAACACCAAAGCCUAUUACAUGUAUCAACAUUUGUUGUGACAUGUGCUUUGAUUUGGGUUUGUAAGGUAAAAUCAUCAGAAGAUGAUAUAAAAAGUAGUGGUAAUGAUGAAGAAUUAUACCUAAGUUUUUUGAUAGAUUGUCGUUACCUUGCUGAAUUGAAAAUUCCCUUAACAUAUUUUGGGAAUUGUUUGGGUAAUGGCAUUGUAGGAAUUAAGAGAAGCAAGCUAGUGGGGCAAAAUGGUAUUUUUGAAGCAGCUGUUGCACUUAGAAGCAAGAUUAAAGAAUUGCAAUCUGGUCCCUAUGAAGGUGCUGAAACAUUGAUGUCGAUUUUUAGUAAAUUUGCAACAAUGGGGAAUCGUAUCACGGGAAUUGCAGGUUCACCAAAGUUGGAUGCAUACGAAAGUGAUUUUGGGUGGGGAAAACCCAAAUUGAGUGAAGUACUUCAUGUAAAUUCUCCAGAGUUGGUGUCUCUUUCUGAUUGUAGGGACAAAGAAGGUGGAAUUGAAGUUGGUGUAGCAUUUGGGAGGGCUCAAAUGCAAAAAUUCAACACUAUUUUGGAAGAGAUCCUUGCUGAUAUUGCACUUCAUGACUCAUGAAAAGGUUUUCGACUAGUUUUAAAUACAAUAUUUA